GAGCGGUGAAGCGUUGGUUGCAGUUCGUAGAGUUGGAAAUGUGAAAGCAAGAAGCAGGCUUUAUUUUUUUCCCUCUCUCCCUUCUCUCUGUCUCUCCUUUUUUUCUUUUCAUACACACGGACACAACCAUCACGCGUACACGGACACACAUAGAGUCUUCAUACACCCCCACACAUACACAAACACACAUACACGCACUCACACACAUCAGCACAUACAUAAACACGCUGACUUGUAACAGUUAUCCAAACAUACACUCAUACCUCACAAAUUCAAGAUAAACACCAGAUAUGUAUUCGCCGCUAUGUCUAACACAGGAUGAAUUCCAUCCUUUCAUUGAAGCGCUGCUGCCACACGUGCGAGCCUUCGCGUACACUUGGUUCAACCUGCAGGCCCGCAAGAGGAAGUACUUCAAGAAGCACGAGAAGCGUAUGAGCAAAGAGGAGGAGCGCGCUGUCAAGGACGAGCUGCUGAGCGAGAAGCCAGAGGUCAAGCAGAAGUGGGCCUCGCGACUCCUCGCCAAGCUGCGCAAGGACAUCCGGCCCGAGUUCCGCGAGGACUUUGUCUUAACUGUCACCGGCAAGAAGCCGCCGUGCUGCGUGCUGUCCAAUCCCGACCAGAAGGGCAAGAUGAGGCGGAUCGAUUGCCUCCGUCAGGCCGACAAAGUGUGGCGCCUGGACCUGGUCAUGGUGAUUUUGUUCAAAGGUAUUCCACUGGAAAGCACGGACGGCGAACGGCUGGUUAAGUCCCCGCAGUGCUCGAACCCGGGACUGUGCGUGCAGCCACACCACAUAGGAGUUUCAGUGAAGGAGCUCGAUCUCUACUUGGCCUACUUUGUGCAUGCUGAAGCAACACAUUCUGAGAGUCCAAACCAACCCAAUGAGUCCGACAUCAAGGAUCAGCCAGAAAAUGGUCAUCUGGGAUUCCAGGACAGUUUUGUCACCUCUGGGGUAUUCACCGUGUCAGAGCUGGUCCGCGUCUCACAGACUCCCAUCGCUGCAGGGACGGGACCCAACUUCUCCCUGGCCGACCUGGACAGCUCCUCCUACUACAGCAUGAGCCCUGGAGCCAUGAGGCGACCCUUACCCAGCACCUCAUCCAGCAGCUCUGCGAAGCGUAUUAAGUGCAUUGAGGACGAAGUGGACAGUCCAGGCGAGGAGUCCUACUACCCUGGGCAGGGACGUUCACCGGGCAGCGGCAGCCAAGCCAGCAGCUGGCACGAGGUGGAGCCAGCUGGAUAUAAACUGCGUGGCUCGCUAGCUAGUUCGUUCAUCUCAAGACAAGGGAUGCCAUCGCCUACCACAUUAAAGAAGUCAGAGAAGUCUGGUUUCAGCAGCCCCGUGCCUGCGCAGAGCAUCUCCCCUCGAACGGCUUUUACACAUCAUCAUCGGCCUGUCAUUACAGGACCCAGAGCAAGUCCCCAUGCCACGCCUUCUAGUCUGCAUUUCCCGACGUCGCCCAUCAUCCAGCAGCCAGGCUCCUACUUCUCUCACCCGGCCAUUCGCUACCAUCCACAGGAGACCUUGAAGGAGUUUGUCCAACUUGUCUGCCCUGACAGUGGUCAGCAAGCGGGCCAGGUGGGCUUCCUUAAUCCCAACGGCAGCAGUCAGGGGAAGGUGCACAACCCGUUCUUGCCCACCCCGAUGCUGCCCCCACCACCACCCCCUCCCAUGGCACGGCCCGUGCCCUUGCCCGUGUCAGACUCCAAACCGCCCUCCACCUCCACCGAGGGAGGGGGCAACUCCCCCACCUCGCCAACUUACUCCACGCCGAGCACGUCCCCAGCUCAGCGCUUUGUCAGUGUGGGCCCCCGAGACCCCAGCUUUGUAAAUAUCCCUCAGCAGCCUCAGUGGUACCUGGGCUAAAGAUUCUGGACUCUCACCACCCUUCAGAGGAACCCCUUUGCCCCAAAACGAGUGCAACCUGCAAACCGUGUUCACCUGUCUACCUGUACACCUGUCUGACAGAGAGAAGUCCCCCACCCCUUGCAUCUGACAGACGCAUGGCUACAGCAGAACACAAACCACCGUUCCUGCCCCUCAGAAAAAAAAAGGAAAUCUACUUAUGCUUACAUACAUGCGCUAUAUAUAUAGAUAUAUAUAUAUAGCCCAUAUAUAUUACUGCAUAUGUAUGGUUUAUAUAUUAUAUUUAUAUAUAGUAGCAGGCCAACUCAACAGGAGGUGCUACAUCUCCAUGGGAGAGCAACAAUAUAUAUUCUUUUUUUUUCCUUUUCUUUUUUUUGAAAAGUGCACGUUUAUUAGCAUUUUCUUUUAGUCCUCUUCUAUCGCUUGGAGAAGGACAACAUGUUGUGACAUAAUCAAUCAUUUCCUCAGCUGGUGACUAUAGCUGAUUUGACACACAGGUCACCAGGCAGAACUCGUCCCGCUUUUGCUGUUUGUGUGUGUAUGUGCGUGUGUGCGUGUGUGCGUGUGUGUGUGUGUGUGUGUGCGUGUGUGCGUGUGUGUGUGUGUGUGUGUGUGUGUGUGUGUGUGUUUGUGCUUACUUGAGACCUGUACAGUUUGGGGCUCCUGUUUCUCCCUCUGUUUUCCCAUCAUAGAACAUCCUGAACUGUCUGAUUCUCUUGCUCUGCUGGGCUUGUGCACUGGUUAGAGUGCAGAGGUUUGCUGAAAUGUUUCUUAGACCUCUCUAGGCCAAACUGCCCCCUACUCACAUAGCCCUAAGGACUGUCAGAGCACUCAAUACACCCCUACUCCCACCAUACUCCUGACCACUGGCCAUCGCUAAGCUGUGCAUGGAGGAGGGAAGCCAUCCUUUCUUCAGAGCCUUUUCAUGGACAUAUCACAGCGAUUACAAACAUCCCAGUAAACCAGAGACAAGGACUUCCUACUUUUCCCUGGGAUGUGGGGCAGGGGAUGAGAGGACAAUUUAGGUUGAUGUUUUUGAUAUCGGUCAAAUCAGGUGAAAUUACACAAGCUUUGAGAGGCUACACAGUGUAUUUUGACAGGAGGGUUUUUGUUAGAAAGGAAAAAAAAAACAUCCUGUCGUGGAGGUAUGUUCAUAUUUCAUAUUUGUUUUUGUAUAAAAGUUAUUUCAGUUAUUUCAACAUAUAUCCUACUAAAGGUCUGUAUGAUCAGUAAAGCCAAGGGUGGAGAAAAGGGUGAAGCGUUACCAGAAGCUGGAAGCAUGGUAUUAAGGUAAACAGUAGAUUACUGAAGUGAGGAAAGUGCAAUUUUUCAGAUAGCUGUUGGAAUUUUAAAUAUCUGCAUAAGAUUGUUAAAAAGUAUAUACAUAUGUAUAUAUACUUUUCUCAUAAGUAUAUAUAUAUAUUCAUAUAUACAUACAGUAUAUAUAUAAUUUUUUUCCUUCCUAGUCCAUUUACACCUCCAGGACUCUAAAAUAUUGGGGUACAAAAAGAAAGUGUAGAACAAAUUAACCUUGUGAGAAAAGGGGAGUUGUACUUUUACAUUGUUGCUGUUUUAAUUGUUUGUUUAUUCAUUGUGUAAAUUUGUUGGUAGAACAGAGAAAAUCCCUUUAAGAGAUUUUGUCAUUUAAACAAUCAAUUUUUAAAAGCAUUCGGAGCCGCUACAAAGUACGUACAUAGUACGAAGUAUGUAAAUGGCUGUGUUAGCUCAUUAGAAAACAAAAAUGCUUAGCAAUUAACUUAUUUUAACAAAGCACAUAAUUUUUACAAGAAAGGUUUUUCUUUUCAAUUUUCACAUCAGGCAAAAUCAAGAAUGUGGGCAAAUUUUGAACAUCAUCAUCAGAAAUUUUCUCAUUUUGAUUAAAUUUUCAGUUUUAUCAUCUAAACAAGCAUCAUGAACAAAAUCAAGACAUCCACUAAUGUAAAAAAAUACUCAUUUUGAGGCUUGGGUUAAGGCCAGGGCUUAAUAACAGAUAGGUAGCAUAAAUACUUUCUUAAUAACCUCUAAAAAAAGAUAGAAAACAUGAACACCACAUCGGACUAGAAUGCAACCAGAUGAGCGAAGCUUUUCCAUUGCUUCGUAAGCAGUGAACUUUUUUCUCCUUGUUUAAUUUCUUGAUUUUGUUUUAUGUUUCCUAUACUACACAUAUAUACAUGACCGACACAUUCAUUGUCAAUCUCAAUUUAGUAAAAACAAAAAAAAACGUCAAAAAAUCUGCAUGUUCUAGUGUUAGUGGCAAAUUUUUACAUAAGUAUUGUAGAGUUAGUGUGAGCUAAGACACAAUAUUGUAAUCCUGACAUAAGGCACUUGCCAACAGACAAUUCAUUGGCCCCCUGCUGUCCUUUACCAUCAGUCAGAUUGAGAUAUCUCUGACAAUUUUUGGUUCUCAACCUUUCUGGAUUUUUACCUUCAUUUGUUCAAAUUUUGUUUCUUUAAAAUAUGUAUUUCAUUUUCUGUUCUCAAAUUGCACGAAUUCUAUAGUUCCUCAUAAAUGUGCCUUGAGCAAUGGUCUAGUCAUGAGUUGUUGCACAAGUUCCUCUGUGGAGAAUCUCAUAUUUUCCUUUAGGCUCAUUCUCACCUUUACGAUCAUGGAUGUGUCUAGUGAUGGUGGUGAAGAUGAUGCUGCCAGUUUUAAAGCUCAGUACUAUUCUUCCCGUCUCAGCCCUCUCGGUCCUAGAACAUAGCCUCCAUACAGGUCUUCCUCAACAACGGACAGGUGACUGACCUUAGUCAGAUUACUGUCAGUGGAGCAGACCAUGAUCUUGAAACAUACUGGCACAAAGCCUACUCCCCGUCUCACUAAAAAGCAGUGUUCCUGUGCUUUCUCUGUGCACAUUGCACAACCUACAGUAUGCCUGUCUGGCUCUGCACUUGGACAAGUCUAUCACAGUAGAAACCCCCUUUCUGUAGGAUUCAUCAUUCAAAUAUCUCCCUGCGCAUCCCCUUUUUGUCUGUGUUAACACUAACGCACCAGUGUUUAUGAAUAUUGGUGUGAUUUCUACAUAGAAAUCUACGUUUGCGUCAGAUUUUGUUUUUGGAUUGUCUAAUUUUUACAACUUGUUUUGUUUUUGUUCCCAGAAAUUAACUAUGAGAAAAGCUAAAAAAAAAAAACAAUAUGCAAUACUUGCUUGCACUCUUCACUAGUCAUUUUAUUAUGUUGCAUUCUGGCUUUGUCAUUAUUAUUAUUAUUAUUAUUAUAAUUAUUAUAUUAGUAUUAUAUUAUUAUUUGUAUUAUUAUUAUUAUUAUUAUUAUUAUUAUUAUUACUUUUUUAACCAAAGUUAGUGUUGCACUUGAUUGGCUGCAGAGCCAGUUGUCAGCUUGUCUGACACCCCAUCCCACCCUCAGUCCCAUCAUGGAAGAGCCUGACGUGGUUGUGUCCAUUCAGCCUUUACGGAUAUCCAGUUUCCUUUAUACCUAAUGGUAAAGCUGACCAUAAAUGAUUUGUUUCAAUUACCUUUUAGUCACAUGUGAGCCUUAAACAAGGAAACUUCCUCUUCAUCACAAAAAUAACACACUUUCAAAGCAAACUAAUGACGUCCAGGAGGAAGUAAUCGCCCACAUUUAUGUACAUUUUUAACAAACUUCCAAGCUAUUUUAAUUGUUUACCUGUUUCCUGUCUACAACAUAUAUCAUUUACAAAAAAAAUCAUUUUGAAUAUGGGGACGUUUUCCCCAGAUGUCUGAUGUGAUGGUUUGACAGUUACACAUGCGUGGGUUGUGCUUUUUUCUAGUGUGACAGUUUUGUUUUGUUGUUGUUCUUGCCUACCCUUUAGACAUGAGUUGGGCAUUACUUUCUUAAUUAUCUGCACUAAAUAAAAACUAAAUGACAAUUGUGAAAAAUUCUUAGGAAUAUAAAUGGCCUUAAUGGCCUAAAAGUGCGAAGGGAAAAAUAAUUGCACGGACAUUUUGUGUCACUAAAGCAGCCUAUCAUCUAAUCAGUAAGAUUUGGCUGUGUGUGUAAGAUAUGACAAAAUUGCACCCUUUUUAAAGAAAGACAAAAGAAAAGGAAUAUAAAAGCAAUAGUUUGGGCAGUUCAUUUUGUUCUUGUGUUUGUGUGUGUUAUUUUAGUUUGGGAAAUAGGAAUAGCGGAGUGCAUGGAAAGAGACGACAAACAAACAAAGAGGCGUGUAACUGAGCAGAAAAGAGCAGAGAGGCCAACAGGGCAGAAGCACCUGACUGUGGGAGAUAUGUUGUUUGUAUGUUGUAUAGUUUUAUUAAUUACACUGAUUUUAAAGCUGCCCUAUUUUAUAAUGCAAGAUUUUUUGUAACAUUGAUUAAAUGAGGAAAAAACUAGUGUUGUGAAUUUUCUGAUUGUUUGUAUUAAGGCCACAUUAAUAGAGUUGUUUUUUGUUUCCUUUGUUUGUUCUCGGGGAACUGGAUUUAAGUUGAAAACUUUCCUGUUCUUCUUUUUUUGUUUUGCUUUCCUUUUUGUAUGUAUUUAAAGACUUUUCUCUUUUUUUCAGUGGUAUGGAAUAUCCCUGUACUUGAAAAGUAUAGGGAAAUGAGGUGAAAACCCUAUUGUAAAUGGAUGUGACAAGUAUGCUGUAUGUUUUGAAGGUUAUUUGUUGCAUCAGUGUUGAUAAAGAUAAAUCCACAGUAGGUAACUCUGAGGAUGUUGGUAAGGAAAAAGAGUGUUUUUUGCAUUUAAAAAAUUAGUUUAGGCAGAAGACAAUAACAUAGACAGCCAAAGGAUGCCCCUAUUAUAAGUGCAUCUAGGCAUCUUUUUUGUGUUCACCAUUCCAUGCAGGAAAAAAAUAAACAGCUUGAUAUGCAA